GUAUGUCUGUUACACUUGCGUGUACGUAUUCCCACAGCCAUUUGCCUAAUUGAAGGGAAUUAAUUACGCGGAGGGAUGAUGGCCAUAAGUAAAGCGGUCCAAAACGCUCCAUUUCGGAAAGGAGAAUUCAAUCGAUCCGGCGCUUGAUGACGUCUUCGAGUGGUGGGGAGCGCCAGUGACGUCAUGUCGUCUUCAUACUAGUACAACUAAAUGUCGAACAGAUAGGGAGACGUCAAUACCGCACUUUUCAAAUCAGUGUAUUUAGUUUAAUGUGAGAUUUUUUUUGUAUGAGUUGGGAUAACAAAAUCAAAGGAAAUGUUACAAAGUGCUCGGAUCGUCUGCACUGCGGUGAUACUGGGUAUUAUUCUAGUUGAAUGCAAUGCGAGACAUGGAAUGGAUCAGUUUGUGAAAGAUAAAUCCAUCGAAUGUUAUGAAUGUAAUUCGGAAUAUGAUCCUAGAUGUGCCGAUCCAUUUGAUCCUUAUACUAUAGGAAAAGUGAACUGUUCGAUGAAAAGACCUUUAAAUCAUAUUAAAGAGAAACCAACGCUUUGUAGAAAGACUAUUCAAAAAGUUCAAGGUAACAUCCGAGUAAUCCGAGGAUGUGGCUACAUUCCGGACGAUCGGGACGACAAGGAGUGUGUUAUGAGAAGUGGGACACAUGAUGUUCAUGUGACAUACUGUUCCUGUAAACAUAACCUUUGCAAUACUGGAAAUUUCCAGUCUAGUCCAUCUAGGAUAACUUUAGGAGCAAGUAUUUUGGUAAUAACGAGGUUAAUCCAGAUGGCAUAACUGUAGAACGAAUAUUAAAAGGAACAAAAUCAUAUUUUGUGAACACACCUUAAAGUAAAUUAUUUUGGUAAAGGUUACACGCACAACGUUCUGUUCCGAAAUCGAUGAGUUAUUUUUGGUCUAAGAUGUAAAUAAUGCAAAAGGUAUCUAAGGUUGUCGACAAAAUAUGAAAACAACAAUACGAGAGCCUAUUCAUUACCGGAUCUAAUUUACAUCUUUUAGAGAUAAGCGAAGUAACUAUAUUUUGGUUAGUAAAGGGAUAAAAGGAGUCGAGAUCCUUCCGAAGCUAAGCUUUUGUAGAUAUGAUAAAGAUUUUCAUUAUUACAGCUAAGCUGCAAAUAAAUUAGGAGGAUGACAUAAUUACCUGUUAAGUGAACAGGUUUUGUCCAUUACGUUAGUGUAACAUAGUGUUAACUGUAAACUAUAUAACUCUGGGUAACUGUAUAACUCUAAGAAAAAAUAGAGACUGCCAUUCGAUUUGUGUUAAUCAAGACGCUUCUCCAAAAGGCAAUAAUUUUCAUCUUGAGCAAAACAUUGGAGAGAAUGUACUAAUAACGGUAGCUACCUCUUAAAUGAUCAAACAAACAUAUCUAGGUAGUAGAAGAGGUUUUUUUGGAGAAGAGUCAUUUGAUAGGGUUAAAAUGUGCAAUUCAAUAUCGCAACGCUCUGCAAAUGAAAUUUCUGUUGAAAGUCACAUGUAUGUCGUACAUUUCUACAUGUUUUUUAAUGAAAAAAGAUGAAGAAUGUGUUUAAUAUGCGUGAAACACUGCCAGUUUGGCCUGAAGUGCCAUAAUAGUCAUCGCUUGUCCGCUAGGUUAAGUUAAAAAAAAGAAAGUCGUCUUAUGAAAUGUAAUUUAUUAGAAUUGUUGACAUUGCACUAGAUCUAUGAAAUUGUAACUACGCUACAGUGUGUUGGAAGAUUUAUUUGUACAAGACUUCACUCUCUAACACGGGCUCAUUCCUUCUACACCUGACACUUGCUGUUGAUAAAUAAAUUUCCAAUACACUUUAUUAUGCCUUUUGAAAAAAGAACGCUGUUUACUUAUAAUCAUAAGUGUAUUUUAGUGACGUAUUAUUUUACUAAGUACAAAAAAGACGGAAUUUUAUUAAAUUGAAUAAUCUAUUUAUUAUAAAUGUAUAUAAAAUUUGUUUCAUAAAUGACGAAAUUUUAAAAAUUAUGCAUGUUGUGAAUAAAACAUUUUUUCUCUCUAUUUAACAGAAGGGAUAUUUUAAAUAUAAAAGAUGUUAAAUGUGUUUCUCGUGGAAACUGACUAUACAGUGUAUAUAAGGAUAUAAUAUACAAUAAUUGGAUCUAUUUCGGGUCGUAUUUUUUAAAGUAUUUAUUUUUAUGUUGGAAAAAUGCUGUGCACGCUGCUGUUUGUCAUUGUACAUGUUCUGUAUGUCAAAAUAGAUUUCAAAAUAAACAUUGUUUCACUCACGAAA